UGCAAAGGUUUUUCUUUUUUAAAAAAAAUAAUAAUAAUCAUCUUCCAUAUAUAUGAAUUUGAAUUGUGAAAUAUAACCCAUAAGGCUUAAAACUUUGUAGAGAAAGCGGGUUAUCCCGUCUUUCAAGCACACACCUAAACUAUGCUGACGUGCGAGAGAGGCAAGCUGAGGCAGCUAGAAUGGGUGGGGCAAAAAGACGCGGGGCGUCUCUCUCCAAGUGUUAGAGGCAACUCAGAAUAGGAAAAAAAAACAAACAUCAACGUAACUUUAAGGAUAGCCGGUCCUCGAUCACAAAGAAGCACUGUAUCUAUGAGGUGCCACUGACAAACGACGAUUAAUGCCAAUGCAGAACUCGAGUAACCCGCGGCGUCGGAUAGCGUGCGAUAUCUAGAGAUAAAAUCUCAAGUGUACCGACUUAAAACCGGCGAUCAGCACGCAUUAGAGACAGGGAACUGACAACCAAGAACUGAACCACCUGUGGAAAAAUGAUGGGGGAAUUACUGUAAGGUGUUCAUUUAUUUAAAUCCUACCCUCUUCAACUCUUCGAUCCGCCCAUCUGCUCUAACACUGGUCCUAAUAUCUGCCAUCUGCCCAAUUAUCGGCCACAGUUACUUUAUCCCGUUAGCUUCUCUUAACCCCGGAUCCCACUGUGACUGGUCCAUCACACUCCAUCCCCCCCCUGCCCCUGACCUCCGCAGGACCCCCCUCCCUCUCUGAGCCAUGCGCCGAUUCAGCUCCGAAGGCUCUUUGCUGGACUUGGACCUUCUGCCCUGGAAACGGGUGACCCUGAUCGAGCCAGGCUGUGAGGUAGAUGGUGAGGCUAGCAGUUACUCACCGUGCCCAGGCGAAGAUCCCUCCCCGGGUGUCCGGAUGGCGGUCACAGCGGCCGGGGAGGAGUCGGCCCCCGCACAGCGGCAGGAACGUGGAAAGUUAGUCAAAGAGCUCAGCGUUAGCAUGGAAAACCUGUCUGGCUUGGAGAAGCUGGAGCAUACGGAUGGCUUUCUGGGCGUGGGGGCCAUUAGUGAAAGCUGCCGGGCUUACAGUGACAGCCAGCUGGCCCCGGGGACAGCCGAAGGCGAGCGACCAUCCCCCAUUUCCUCCCCUACCUCAGCAGCCCCCUACUCCACCAGAUCCCUCCACAGACAACAUGCUCGGGCCAAGCUAGCAGCAGCCAAACUCCACCUGAAGAGUCUGUUCGGACAGAACCACCAAACGCCACACCCAACCCAUGUCAGCUCAGAGCAGAGAGACAAUGAGAGCAGGACCAGAGAGAGGAGGUCCCGCCUUCCAUUCCUCCGGCAAUGGAGUCAGGUCGGCCACGGCAACGCCAGCCUCAGCCGCGAGGAAUUGUUGUCGUGGGCAGAGUCUCUGAAUGUGCUGCUGGCCAGUCGCACUGGCCAGUCUGUCUUCGGGGCGUUCCUGCGCUCGGAGUUCAGCGAGGAGAACCUGCAGUUCUACCUGGCCUGUGAACAGUACCGGCACUCUUCCACCAACUUCAGCCUCCAGAGGCGAGCACGGGACAUAUGUGCCACCUACAUCGAGCCGGGGGCGUCCAGAGAGGUCAACCUGGAUGGCAAAACGAGGGAGCUGACCAUGCAGCUGCUACAGGCCCCCUCCCGCAGCUCGCUGUGUCCCGCCCAGCGCCGCAUCUACUCGCUCCUGGACACAGACUGCUAUCCCCGCUUCCUACAGUCGCAUCUUUACCAGUCGCUGCUAAAGGACACUCACUAGGCAGCAAACGUCCAUGUGAAGGGGGGCAGUGAGAGACAGCUGACAGCGUCACAUAACUGCGGCGCCGGGGCUGAGGAGAGACGCAAAAGGAGACGCAACGAGGCAGCGGCCAUUGCUCCAUGUUACUCAUGCUGCCCUGUCAAAUCAUGCAUGUUAUCAUUGUUGUAGUUUUUUUUGCAUUUUCAGUUAGCCGACCUUUGUUUUCUCAGCAUCCCACACAGACAUAGGCCAGUGGAGACAAGGAAACCGACCGGGCACGGACUGUCAUGGUGGGGGGUCCAGGUGCAUUGUGGGAUACUGUGUGAUUUCAGGCGUAUUGUAACCAAGUGAAGAGCUAUCCCCAGGUUUUGCAAUCGUGGGGGUGGGUGUUUAGGUUUUCCUGGGGCGUGGACUGGACAGACUGGCAAACCAUGACAGAAUGGGCCCCUCCACUCAGCAGAAUGUACCCACAGGGGGCCCAAGGCAAUAUUUUGUCAGGGGGCCCAAAGUUUUACGCUGCGCCCAGAGUGAAGUCAGCCUUCAGGAGGUUACAACCAUUUUCUUUUUUACUUUAUGGCUUUUUUUAACAGUGUAAACAGACAUUUCUUUUUUUAGAGGGUUUUAGAGAAACAAUAACGAAAGAAGUGAGAUGGGUAUCUAGUUCUGACUUUUCCAAAAAGGGAGUUUCUGCCAUCGCAUUAGCGGCCCCACAAAGCAGUCUCACGCACCCGCCGCUCUGGCCGAAUUCCUUCCCUCCGUCGGCCAAUCAGAGAGCUCUGUUUCCGAUGUCCCCGUUUGGAAGACAAACAUUGUGUAUCAGCCGGGAAACUCAUCUUGUCAUGGAAGGAACAUUAUCUCCAUGCCCGCAGGCAGGAGAGCACUUAAAACACAGGAUACGUGAUUCAUGCGUUAUUUGUAUAUUCGGUUUCGGUUUACAGUUCGCGGUGACGCAUGUUUAUGCCCAUGUGACGAACAUUUAGAGAAUAAACAGCCAUUUUAUAUAUAAAA